AUGUCGGACUCUGAACGCGGGUUCGAUGCGGACAUCGAGGGUGCGCUUGACACAUCGGACGAGAUGACAGUGGGCGAGCAGCUCGCGAGGCGACGCGCGAGCCGCGAUAAGCGCUCAAUCUCGAAGCGACACGGCCCAUCCAGGCUCGGCGUGGGCACACCGGGCGGGUCGCGAGAUGGAUCGAGUUCGCACCGCUCGCGCCGGGCGUCCGCGGUGGAUGUCGAGAUGGGGGGAUCCGACGACGGCAGAUCGAGAGGAGUCGGAUCGGGGGUGAAAGAGAAGAGGCGGAGAGCGCGCAGGCACAGCUCGCCGGGGUUCACCCUGAGCGACGCGGACAGCGACUUGACCAAGCGCGAGAGGCUGACGCGGAGGAUGGAGGCGAUGCGUCGGCUGCCGAGGACCUCGAGGUACGCCCAGCAGCAGAUGGAGAUCAUCGCGAAGGCGCUUGCGAUCCUGGAUAGGGAGCCGCCCAUGCGCACCUCCAACGAGAACGACGAGCUGAGUCGGCUGCUCGCCGCGGUCUCGCUGUAA